UGGAUACCCUGUUUUCAAGAAAACUAAAUGGAAAAUACAGACUUGAACGCCUUGUUCCAACUGCAGUCUACCAACAUAUGAAGAUGCACAAACGAAUUUUAGGACACUUAUCUUCUGUAUACUGUGUAACUUUUGACCGGACUGGCAGGCGAAUAUUUACUGGAUCAGAUGAUUGCCUUGUAAAAAUCUGGGCAACAGAUGAUGGAAGGUUGUUGGCUACCCUGAGAGGGCAUGCAGCUGAAAUAUCUGAUAUGGCAGUGAACUAUGAAAACACCAUGAUAGCUGCUGGAAGCUGUGAUAAAAUGAUCAGAGUUUGGUGCCUUCGAACUUGUGCACCCUUAGCAGUUCUGCAGGGCCACAGUGCAUCUAUAACAUCAUUGCAGUUCUCUCCACUGUGCAGUGGCUCAAAGAGAUACUUAUCCUCAACCGGGGCAGAUGGAACAAUAUGCUUUUGGCUGUGGGAUGCUGGCACCCUUAAAAUAAAUCCAAGGCCAACGAAGUUUACAGAACGCCCUCGGCCCGGAGUCCAAAUGAUCUGUUCUUCUUUUAGUGCUGGUGGAAUGUUUUUGGCCACUGGGAGUACAGAUCACAUCAUUAGGGUUUAUUUCUUUGGAUCAGGUCAGCCAGAGAAGAUAUCAGAGUUGGAGUUUCAUACCGACAAAGUUGACAGCAUUCAGUUUUCUAAUAGUAGUAGCAGAUUUGUGAGUGGAAGCCGUGAUGGAACAGCGCGAAUCUGGCAAUUUAAGCGAAGGGAAUGGAAAAGCAUUUUAUUAGAUAUGGCUACUCGCCCAGCAGGACAAAGUUUACAAGGAGUUGAAGAUAAAAUCACAAAGCUGAAAGUAACCAUGGUGGCAUGGGACCGCCAUGACAACUCUGUUAUAACUGCAGUAAAUAAUAUGACUCUGAAAGUCUGGAAUUCUUUCACUGGCCAACUCAUUCAUAUUCUUAUGGGACAUGAAGAUGAAGUGUUUGUACUUGAACCUCAUCCAUUUGAUCCAAGAGUUCUCUUCUCUGCUGGACAUGAUGGAAAUGUCAUAGUUUGGGAUUUGGCAAGAGGAGUCAAAAUCCGGUCUUACUUCAACAUGAUUGAAGGACAAGGACACGGUGCAGUUUUUGACUGCAAGUGCUCUCCUGAUGGACAGCAUUUUGCAUGUACCGAUUCUCACGGUCACCUUCUGAUUUUUGGCUUUGGUUCCAGUAGCAAAUAUGACAAGAUAGCAGAUCAGAUGUUCUUUCAUAGUGAUUAUCGGCCCCUUAUCCGUGAUGCCAACAACUUUGUCCUGGAUGAACAGACACAGCAGGCUCCACACCUUAUGCCUCCCCCAUUUUUGGUUGAUGUGGAUGGCAACCCUCAUCCUGCAAGGUAUCAAAGACUAGUUCCCGGUCGUGAGAACUGCAGGGAGGAACAGCUUAUUCCUCAGAUGGGAGUGACAUCUUCAGGAUUGAAUCAAGUUCUUAGUCAACAAGCAAAUCAAGAAGUUAGUCCAUUGGAUAGCAUGAUUCAAAGACUUCAGCAAGAGCAGGACCAGAGACGUUCUGGGGAGGCAGGAACCAGUAGUACCAGCCGGAUAAGCAGAGGAUCUGUAAGUUCUACCUCAGAAGUACAUUCACCACCAAAUAUAGGAUUAAGACGUAGUGGACAAAUUGAAGGUGUGCGUCAGAUGCAUAGCAACGCACCAAGAAGUGAAAUAGCCACUGAGCGGGAUCUUGUGGCUUGGAGUCGAAGGGUUGUAGUGCCCGAAUUGUCUUCUGGUGUGGCCAGGCAAGAAGAAUGGAGAACAGCAAAGGGAGAAGAAGAAGUGAGAGUGUAUCGAUCGGAAGAGAAAAGAAAACAUGUAACAAGUCACAUUCAAAGAGAAAACAAAAUACCUGCUUUCUCUAAGAACCAUUCUCAUGAUCACUUACUAGACACUAGCGACUCAAGAAAACAGCAGGCUAAUCAGCACAACUACCGUACGAGAUACGCAGUAGAAGAAACUGCAAGGCCUGCUGAAGAAUUAGAAAAUGGACACAGUUCCUCAGAUGAAGGGGAAGUAGUUGUUGCCAGUGGUGGAACAUCAGAAGAUGAUGAAAGAGCAUGGCAUAGUGAUGGCAGUUCUAGUGACUACUCUAGUGAUUAUUCUGACUGGACAGCAGAUGCAGGAAUCAAUUUGCAACCACCAAAGAAAAUUCCUAAAAUUAAAACAAAGAAAGCAGAAAGUAGUUCGGAGGAUGAAGAAGGACCUGAAAAACAAAAGAAGCAGAUUAAAAAGGAAAGGAAAAAAGGGAUUGAGGAGAAAGAUGGACCAUCAACAUCACCAAAGAAGAGGAAACCCAAAGAGAGAAAACAAAAG